AUGGCUAGCGGGGUGGAAGAGCCCACGGUAGAUAGAAAUUUCGUGGUCAACAAUGCCAACGAGAGUGACCCCAACCUUGACCACCGUGACCUUUCAUCGCAGAACUUGGAAGACAAUGACGUUCCUCCAAUUCAAAGCACGAUCCAAACAGCGCCAUGCGAGCAAGCUAUAGCUGCACCGCCGCGGACAUUAAAUGGAAUCGAUAUACAGCCCUGUGGUCAACUCGAUGUCGGUGGCCGCAAGACUGUCUUGGAGGGCAGCGGCCUACCUCCUGAGCCAGACCAUUUCAACAUGGCGAUGCUCCGGCUACUUUCCUUGUAUCCGGCGGACACGUCGAGAUACCGACGCUUUCGGCACACUGUGCACCGCAAAGGUGUUGUAAUAGUCCGGCGUCAAUUGAAAAUCAUGAGCCGUUGUGUCAGCGAAGCACUCCGAGCGUCAGAUGGAUCAAUCAACGGUACAGAAUUUGUGCGCUUGGUACUGCGACAUCAUCCAUAUUAUGGUCAGACAAUAAUUGCAGCAAACGUCCUGAGACAGCUACUACGACGCCUCGCCAAGACCAAUCGUCGAAGCCUACUGAACAUUGCGGAAACGGUCAUCAGACACUAG